AUGUCCCGGCCCAGCAGCAGAGCCAUUUACUUGCACCGGAAGGAGUACUCGAAGAGCCUCACCUCAGAGCCCAGCUUUUUGCAGCACAGGGUGGAGCACCUGAUGACAUGUAAGCUGGGGACUCAGAGAGUCCAGGAGCCUAAGGAUGUCCUGCAGAAGCUGCAAGAGAUGGAUGCACAGGGCCGGGUGUGGAGCCAAGACUUGCUCCUGCAGGUCAGAGAUGGCUGGCUCCAGCUGCUGGACAUUGAGACCAAGGAGGAGCUGGACUCUUACCGCCUGGACAGCAUCCAGGCCAUGGAUGUGGCACUUAACAUCUGCUCCUACAACUCUGUGCUAUCCAUCACAGUGCAGGAGUCAGGCCUGCCAGGAACCAGCACUCUGCUCUUUCAGUGCCAGGAAGUGAAGGCAGAGCUACUGAAGACCAGCCUGCAGAAGGCCCUGGAGGAGGAGCUAGAGCAAAGACCCCGAUUUGGAGCCCUUCGCCCAGGCCAGGACAGAUGGCAGGGACCUUCUCUGGAAAGGCCAAUCCCUCUGCACCGGGGGUCCCCUCUGGAGCAGAGGGCACCCACUCUGGACUGGGGGGCCCCUCCAGAGCAGCCCCACUGGAUGACACCGGAGCACAGUAUACAACCAUCCCCAAAGCCCCUGUCUUACCACUCCAGUGCCGGAAAACCAAGUGCCCUCACUCUACCUCCUCCAAGAAGGUCUCCAUCCCCUGAGGACCUAGAGAGGGAUGAGGAGAUGCUGAGACACAUCCUAAGGGAUAUUGAGCUGUUCAUGGCAAAGCUGAGGGAGCCCCAGGCAAUGAUCAACAGUAAGAAAAAAAGGAAACUGUGGAAGAAAAAGAACAAGGAUCAGGGGGAAAUUACAAAGGCACAAUAUAUUGACUGCUUCCAGAAGAUCAAGUAUAGCCUCAACCUCUUGGGGAAGCUGAGAAAUAAUAUGCAGGAGCCGAGUGCCCCUGAGUUUGUUCACAUCGUCUUCCAGACUCUGGAUGUUAUCCUGGCCCACUGCCCUGAGUCUGGCUUAGCAGCCCAAGUGAACUCACCACUUCUCACCCCCAAAGCCAUCGACCUGCUUCAGUUCUGUCUGACCUCAAAAGAAAGUAACCUCUGGAAGGGGCUGGGCAAGGCCUGGACCACCAGCUGGGCUGACUGGACAGGUCAGGAGCCACCUCCCUAUGUACCCACAUUCUAUGAUGGCUGGCAGCCUCCAGAGCCCUUCUCCCACCAGCCCAACGCUCUAACUCCGUCUCUGGUGGGGGGAUGUCCUAGGUCAGAGAGUGUUUCACACUCUGCACAGGAGGAAACACACAAUGGCCCUCAGUCUGGGGACCCCAAUCUCCUGGCUUCCAGCCCUAGACCUGCUAAGCCAGUCCUGAAAAUGCAAGUCCUAUAUGAGUUUGAAGCUAGGAACCCACAAGAACUGUCUGUGGUCCAGGGAGAUGUGCUGGAGGUUCUGGACCAGAGCAAGCGGUGGUGGCUGGUGAAGAAUGAGAAGGGACAGAGCGGCUACAUUCCCAGCAACAUCCUGGAGCCCCUACAACCAGGAGCCCCUGGGAGCCAGGGCCAGUCACCCCCUCGGGCUCCAAUGCUUCGACUUAGCUCAAAGCCUGAGGAUGUAACAGCCUGGCUGCAGGCAGAGAACUUCUCCACUGACACGGUGAAGACGCUUGGGUCGCUGACAGGGAGCCAGCUGCUUCACAUGAGACCUGAAGAGCUACAGAUGCUAUGCCCACAGGAGGCCUCCCGGGUCCUGACACGGCUGGAGGCUGUCAGACGGAUGCUAGGGGUGAGGACAUCCUGA